CCGUUUAUGAAAUGGCAUAAAUAUGAACGAUUUUUGUUAUACAGAUGUAUUUGCGAUAUCUCUUAUGGUUUUGUACAUACUUUGGACCAUGUCCAGAUACUGAUUACCAAGGACCAUGUCCGUCCAAGUGGAUUGUGCUCCUUGUAUGCUCUGCUCAUAGUGAACUCCUGCUUAUCUGAGGGUUUAUUUUCUUUGACGUCUGCCUUAAAUGCAUUUCUGUCAGUUUAUUUUAGAAAGAAUGUCAAUUUUGGAAACAAAGACUGGAAACUACUUCUUUUACUUAGUCUUGGACCAUUUUUAAUCGCCGUACUAGUGUGUUCUUUGAACGUUUUAGGUCCAAAUGGAUUUUUUUGUGCCUUUGAUUCUGUUAAAGGUGUCAUUGCCAACGCUGUAAUGAGCACUGGUCUGACUAGCGCCAUAUUGGUAACACUUUCCACCUUAUACGUGUUAACAUGGUACCGAAUUUAUACAGAAACAAAGAAACGUAAAACUCAACUAAACAAACACGGAAGUGCAAGAAGUGCAACAUUGAAAUCUGCGAAGUCCAUGUGCUUGUUUGUGGUUGUUUAUAUCAUUCAAUGGACGCCCCUGAGUGUAUAUGGCACAUGGCAACUAAUAUCAGACGUUCCGUUUGGACUAUUUUUAGCAGUUGUUAUCAUGACAAAUCUUAGUGGUGUUUUCAGUGGAACAAUCUGUCUGUUCAACAUGUCAAACAAAAAUUCUGUUUCAAACCAAGGUCAUGGAGAAACAAAUCUGGACAUGGCAGCUAGCAAGGGCAGAUCUACGUAUUAUACCGACCAGAAUCGUGGAGAAAGAAAACAGGACAUGAGAGAAAGCCAGAGUAAAUCAACGGACUAGAGGUGUGCUAUUUUAUAGGAGUUCUAUAUUUGAAUUUCUACAAAUACUUCAAUGUGAUUGGUCCGUCAGAAUAUUUGUCCUUGGUUUACACUUCAAUAGACCAUGCAGCCGAAACUACUUUCAUAAGUGAUGUUACUAGUGUGUUGAUUUCAUUGUGAUGAAGAAAGUUGAGAUUGAAAGACAAACAUAACAAAUGUUGGGUUGAGAAUUAUAAAUAUUAAACUCAUUUUUCUAGAGGUUAUUGAAGUGAAACAUGAGAUUCUGGCUCACAUACUUUUGUCUGUGAGUUA